CGCAUAAAGUCUUUUGACUCGUGUAUUUUCCGUAAAAAAAAAAAAAUCGCGUAGCUAUUGGUUGAGACUUCUUCGAGUUUCAUGUUCCUCACGCUCUACAUGCAAAAACAUCAUCUUCAAUGCUACGACUGCGAACGGACCCUGCAUAUUACUUCUUCACACAUUAACAAAAAUAAAAAGAGUUCAAAACAAUCACAUUUCCCACCAAACAUUUUCCGGCGAAAAUGUCGAUAACAAACGACGAGAAAGUGGUGUGUGUCACCGGCGGCAGCGGCUACAUUGGUUCUUGCUUAGUCUCUCUCCUCCUCUCUCGCAACUACACCGUACACGCCACCGUCAAAGACCUCAACGAUGAGAAGGAAACGAAACAUCUAGAAGCCUUAGAAGGCGCAACUACUCGCCUCCGAUUGUUCCAAAUCGAUCUUCUUGAUUACGAUUCCAUUUUUGCCGCGGUAUCCACCACCUAUGGCGUUUUCCACCUCGCUUUCCCUUGCUUUGUCGAUCAAGUUCAAGACCCUGAGAGGCAGAUGCUUAAUCCAGCGAUAAAAGGGAUGAAUAAUGUAAUGAGAGCUGCAAAAGAAGCCGGAGUGAAGCGCGUGGUGGUGACUUCCUCAACAUCUGCAAUUAUGCCUAGUCCUAAUUGGCCUGCUGAUGUUGUCAAGGCUGAGGAUUGUUGGACUGACGUCGAGUAUUGCAAGAAAAACGAGUUGUGGCAUCCACUUUCCAAGACACUGGCUGAAAAAACAGCUUGGGAGUUAGCUAAAGAGAAUGGUUUGGAGCUGGUAGUGGUAAAUCCUGGCCUUGUGUUGGGGCCAGCUAUUCCACCCACGCUAAAUGCAAGCAUGAUUAUGUUACUUCGCCUUAUUCAGGGCUGCACUGAAACUUAUGAAGAUUUCUAUAUGGGAUCUGUCCAUGUUAAGGAUGUAGCUCUGGCACACAUUUUAGUAUAUGAAGAUAAGUCUGCUACUGGAAGACACUUGUGUGUGGAAGCUGUAUCACAUUACGGCGACUUUGCUGCCAAAGUUGCACAACUAUUACCGGAGUAUAACGUACCAAGGUUGCCAAGAGAUACACAGCCAGGGCUGUUGAGAGCCAAGGAUGCAGCAAAGAAGUUGAUGGAUUUAGGUCUGCAGUUCAUACCAAUAGAGCAAAUAAUCAAAGAGUCUGUUGAAAGCUUAAAGAGCAAAGGUCUUUUAUAACCUUCCUUGUUCAAGCUCUAAGAUCAGAAGCUAUGUGUCUUUAUAAACCCUGCACUUACUAGUGCAGUGUUAGUAGACUGCGAAUAAUGUUGUAUUUUAGUUGUUCUAGCAACCUUAUAAGCUUGUACUAGCAACUUUGAGAUCACUUCAACUCUAAGAGCAAUAAAUGACUAUUUUAAUAGCA